GCUCCGGUGUCGUCGGAGUGAGAAGUGCUGCUUCCGUGAGUGGCGAUGGCCGCGCUGGCUCCGCUCCCUCCGCUCCCGCCGCCGUUUAAGAGCAUUCAGCAUCACCUGAGGACGGCCCAGGAGCACGACAAGCGGGACCCGGUGGUGGCCUAUUACUGUCGACUAUAUGCUAUGCAAACUGGGAUGAAGAUUGACAGCAAAACUCCUGAAUGUCGUAAAUUUUUAUCAAAACUCAUGGACCAGUUAGAAGCUCUUAAGAAACAGUUGGGUGAUAAUGAAGCUAUAACUCAAGAAAUAGUUGGUUGUGCCCAUUUGGAGAAUUACGCUUUGAAAAUGUUUUUGUAUGCAGACAAUGAAGAUCGGGCUGGGCGAUUUCACAAAAACAUGAUCAAGUCCUUCUACACUGCAAGCCUUUUAAUAGAUGUCAUUACCGUAUUUGGAGAACUCACUGAGGAAAAUGUAAAGCAUAGAAAGUAUGCGCGAUGGAAGGCCACAUACAUCCAUAAUUGUUUAAAGAAUGGGGAGACGCCGCAAGCAGGCCCUGUUGGAAUUGAGGAAGACAACGAUGUUGAAGAAAACGAAGAUGCGGGAGCAACCUCUCUGCCCACUCAGCCACCCGAGCCCUCAUCCUCUUCAGCAUAUGACCCAAGCCACAUGCCAUCAGGCAGCUUUACUGGAAUCCAGAUUCCCCCAGGUGCACAUGCUCCCGCUAAUACCCCUGCAGAAGUGCCACACAGCACAGGUGUCACAAGUAGUACUGUCCAGCCGGCCCCACAGACUAUUCCAGCCAUCGAUCCUGCACUGUUCAGUACAAUUUCCCAGGGGGAUAUCCGUCUCACUCCCGAGGACUUUGCAAGAGCUCAGAAGUACUGCAAAUAUGCUGGCAGCGCUUUGCAGUAUGAAGAUGUGAGCACCGCUGUACAGAAUCUGCAGAAGGCCCUCAGGUUGCUGACGACGGGCAGAGAAUGAAGCCUUUGUUCAGGAGAGAGCCAUGUAUUUUUGGCAUAAGGAACUAUUAGUCCAUUAUUGUAUCCUCAGCCUAUCAGGAGCACAAUUUUAAGGAAGACUUUGGUUCCAUUGACCAGGAUAGUGACUCUGUGUGUAUCAGAUUCCUAUUGAAGCAUUCAGCAGCCUCAGCCAAUUUCAUUGUCCAUUUAGUGGAUCCAAUAAUCUCUGAGUACAUAAGGCUGAUGUUAGCAAGAUCCUAAAAAUGUCCAUUGAACUCUGCUUCAGAAAAUGAAAACACACCUUUACAAAAUCAUGUUGGGAAUAACUUUUCUUAAUUUACACACAUUAAAGGAUUUUUUUUUAAUCUGUAUCUGGAAAAAUAAACCAUACUACUUUUUACAAAACUCUAAGUUUAACUUUUAAUACAGAUUGCCAGAAUAUUCUAGGUUAGGGGUCAUGUUUUUGUCUUCCUCGAGAUUUACAAAACAAAUACAAACAUCCGAAAAUACUAGAUGAAUCCAAAAGAAAUUGUGUUCAAACUCAGUUUAUAGUCAUGUCAGAUGUUAUUGUUAAAAAUUUGAAAUUUCACAGAAGGAAAUAUGAAGUGACAAAGUAGAAUCUCUCUUAGAUUUCUGAAUGUUAGUUUCCAACUGCUUGCCCCUACCCAUUGAAGUGUAUGGUGAAUUGGUGUUUGCUUCAUAGGCAGUUUGCAUGUAUUAAAAAAAUCAAAAAACUCUGUAGUAAUUCCUGGCAACUUGAUGCUUGAAGUUAACAUUCUCCUCUGCUGCUGUGGAGUGGUUCUGUAUCUAUUGUGUAGAUGGGAUGAUGCAGAAGACUGUGGGUCUUCAGAUUCUGUUAGAAGUUUCUUAAGUUUCAUGGGGAGCUAUGGACUUUUGUACCACCUGGAGUAGUGCUAAGUAAAAAAAAAUGAAUGCAAGGGUUCUUUAACUAGUUUAACUUAUAACAGAGCCAAAUGUCUGUAUCGAUCUGCAUGAUAGAAUUGUCUUUUUUUAACUAUUUAUAUUUAGUUGCAGAAUUACAGAUGCUUCUAUAGUAAAAAAAA